GCCUUCAUAUGCCACGGGUGCAGCCCUAAAAAGACAAAAGACAAAAAUAAAAGUUAAAAAAAUAAAAUAAAGAGCAUAAGAAACGUAGGUUUCGUGGCAGAUCUGUCGUUCACGGAGGAGGCGGGCUGCAGUGUUGCAUUUUCUUUCUGGUUGAUCCUCGUGGGGAAGUUUUAUAAGCUUCCUUCUCUUUAAGGAUCUGGUCAAAUUAGAGUCUAUUAUUAGUAGCAUAUAGUCAGUGAAGAGCAGAAGGAAGAGCUACUAAAUUUAUUCUUUAGAGAAGACUGCACAGUUAAGGCGAUUGCCUUGUCCUGCUGAGGUGUGUUUACUCACCUGAACCGUGACCUUUCAUCUCCCCCGUCACUCAUUCAUUCAUUCCUUGGUUCCUUCAAACCCACUGCCACCUGCUGGCCGUUAGUCAGCAGGCAGGGCUCUCUCCCCCAGGCACCUGCGUCUGUGUCUCACUACUCUAACCAUGCGCUGGACACGCGAAUGCCCCAGCAGUUAGACCCAAAUGACGAGGGGCAUGAGGGGCGCGGCCCGGAGACCCCGGGAGCCUGGGUCCCAAGGAGCAGCGGCUGGUGGCUCUGGGGAAAUGCAGGCCCGCGGUUCCAGAUCAUUCUCGCUUCCAGGUAAGGCAAGACAUCGAGAAGCUGGUGUGAAAUCUGCCCGUUUUAAGUGCUAACCCCUUAUUCAGAAAAAAAAAAAUUAAACCCGGCACAGGCCAAAUAAAAAUACAUUUGUGGUCAAAUGCAGCCCUCGGGUCAGUAGUCCUGGCCUCCACCCACUCCAGUGAAGUUCUUCCCGGGUCACAGAGGCCGAGUCCGCACUCUUGUUUCCCACUGGGUGUCCAUCGAGAGGGGAUGGACGGACCGAGAAAGGGGAGGGAGGCGGCUCUCCACGAAGCCCCCGGAGCAGUGGCUGCUCAGCCCCCGCAGGCCUGGGCCUCUUGGCUUCACUGUGUGUUACUGGAAUGUUUCCCAAGGGAUAAGCUUCCGCCAGAACUGACGGCACGGCCAUCUCUUUCCACUGUGACUCGUCCUAAGUCACGCUUGCCUUCCUCUCAGGUGGCACUGGCCUGGCCAGGAGAGUCGUGGGAAACGGCAGAAGGGAACGGAACUGAAUACUCAGUCAGUGGGAUUGAGCAGGAUUUCGCUUUGCAGUUGGCACGAGGAACGCCCUGGGGCGGCCCGGGACUGACCGGAGCCCGGCCACUGGGGAGCUCCACGUUGUGGGACCUGCCCCAGAGCCCCGACACUACACCAGACCUGGGAUCCCGCGACAUCCUGUGCCACACCCCUGGGCUGUCACCCGUGGGUGGGUGACAACAUCCACUGCUGGCUGGGCUCCUGCAGGACCAGGAAAGGCCGCGACGGGGCUGUUUUCAGGGCGUAAGGACGGGGCCUGGGGUGCGUGUGUGGAGCCCGCACAGGUGCUGGGCGGAGCCCAUGGGGCUGAGGAAGGCGGGGGCCCACGAUGGGAAUCCCACAUCCAAAGCUGUGGCCUCUGGGUCGAAGGAAGGAUACUUUUCAGGGAAGGAGGGGAGAACCCCUUUAUUUGAUAGUUCCUGGCACGACUUACAACACUUAAUUUAUAAAACUUUAGGCAUCUAGCCGUGGUAUGCAGCCCUCCAUGUGUACGCAAGCUGGCAACCCCAAGAUGUCAGGAGUGGCCUGGGGCCCAGUUCCUUUUGCCCGGGUAUUCUGGUCACUACUACUGUGUUAACUGGUGCUACAAACCACCAUCUCAUUAUGCUCGUGGAUUCUCUGGGACAGAAACUUGGACUGGGCACAGCUUAUCUCUGCCCCACCAUGUCUGGGGCCUCGGCUGGAAGAACUGCUCGGUGGGGGGAGGGGGGUGACACUAUCGUCGGUGCCAGAAUCAGGCCUGUUGAUUGGUGCUGGCUGUUGGCUGGGAUCUCAGCCAGGCUGUGGCUGCAGCCCCUAGAUAUGGCCCAGGCUUCCUGCCCAAGGAGGACAGUCUUGGAGGGCCACCUUCUUACACGAUGGAUCGGGCUCCAGAGGCGAGAACCCCAGAGAACUAGGCGGUAGCUGCACUGCUUUCCCCAGAGACACAGACCCCACCUCCCAGUCCACGCCAUGCAGAAGCUCCUGGGCUAGAGAUGGAACCCGAGCCACAGCCGUGACACCAGGUCCUAACCCACUAGGUCACCAGGGAACUCCCUUGGGGACCAUGUUUUGAUGUCACCACACGGAUAAAAUACUGCAGGCCAUCCCGGUGUUGGACCAGCUUUUAGGAAUUUAUCUAAAGGCAAUUCAAGGAGCAUUUCAUGGGAACAUGAAAUCUGAAAUUUUAUAGUUCCUACAUGAAGGAAACUUAGAGGUUUUCCUCCUAUACAACAAAAAAAUUCUAAAAAUUUGUGUCAUCAGUCGCAAAUUUUUGAAACUGAAACUUUUCUAAAAUAUCAAUAAUAACUCGUUUGAUCACCGUGAGAAAACCCGAAUUACAUCUUUCUAUUCUCUCUACACAAAAGAUCGUGAAAUUGUCCCCAUAGGAAGUGGAGAUAAUAUGUUGCCAAAAAGUGCAGGUGUUUGGGGCUGUUACAACAUCACAUGAACAGCUUUAAGAAUAUUCAGGACAUAAGGCAGUAAUUAAUCCCAAAGAAGGAAAGACCAAGAUAAGCAAGAGCAAUGCAGGAAACUUCUCGGAGGGAGAGAUGGGGUCCGACGGGCAGAAGGAGAAGGGGGGCUGAGCCAACUGGUCAACCCGUUUUGUCCGGUCCACCCACCACCAGUUCCGACAGGCUCAGUUCUCAUGCUGAUUGGUCCGUGUCUGCCCUGGCAGUUGGUCAGUGAUUUGCAUAUCAUCCCUGUCGGUUGGGGGAACAACGCUAGCAAAGGCACAGAGAAGGAAAAAUCUUGGCCCGGUUCUCAAACGAGUCCACGCGGUAGCCCCGAGGCUCGGCGGCGGUGGCGGCAGCGCGAUGGCUCAGUACAAGGGCACCAUGCGCGAGGCGGGCCGGGCCCUGCACCUGCUCAAGAAGCGGGAGAAGCAGAAGGAGCAGAUGGAGGUGCUGAAGCAGCGCAUCGCCGAGGAGACCAUCAGCAAGUCCAAGGUGGACAAGAAGUUCUCGGCCCACUACGACGCGGUGGAGGCCGAGCUCAAGUCCAGCACCGUGGGGCUAGUGACCCUGAACGACAUGAAGGCGCGGCAGGAGGCCCUGGUGCGCGAGCGGGAGAUGCAGCUGGCGCAGCGCGCGCGGCGGGAGAAGCGGCGGCGGCAGCUGGAGGCGCAGCGCGAGCGGGAGCGCAAGCGCGAGCAGCGGCGCCAGAUCUGCGGCCUGUCCUUCUCCACCGACGACGGCGACGACGACAGUGACGGGGACCGCGAGGCCGCCGAGCCCGCCGGGCCCCGGAGGCCCCUGGGCAAGGACCCGGCCGUGGACACCAGCUUCCUGCCGGACCGCGAGCGCGAGGAGGAGGAGCGGCGGCUGCGCGAGGAGCUGCGGCGCGAGUGGGAGGCGCGGCGCGAGCGCGUGAAGCGCGAGGAGGUGGAGGUGACCUUCAGCUACUGGGACGGCUGCGGGCACCGGCGCGCCGCGCGCAUCCACAAGGGCGGCACCGUGCAGCAGUUCCUCAAGAGGGCGCUGCAGGCGCUGCGCCCCGACUUCCGCGAGCUGCGCGCGGCCGGCGUGGAGCAGCUGCUGUUCGUCAAGGAGGACCUGAUCCUGCCGCACUGCCACACCUUCUACGACCUGAUCGUGGCGCAGGCGCGCGGCAAGAGCGGGCCGCUCUUCACCUUCGACGUGCACGACGACGUGCGGCUGCGCAGCGAUGCCACCCUGGAGAAGGACGAGUCGCACGCGGGCAAGGUGGUGCUGCGCAGCUGGUACGAGAAGAACAAGCACAUCUUCCCCGCCAGCCGCUGGGAGCCCUACGACCCCGAGAAGCGCUGGGACCGCUACACCGUCCGCUGAGCGCCCCCCCCCCCCGCCCCCGCGCUCGGCGGCCUUGACCUCCCAGCUGAAAAUGAAUAAAGCCCGCGCGGCUUCACUCUGCCCCUGUGGUCGUGGUGUGGCUGCGGUGUUCCGGUCGGGGGGUUGGUGUGCCCAGGCGCUGUGGGCGGCCUGGCUCCUCUGGGCUGGGUGGGAGCGAGGGCCAGGGCCUGAGCUGACCACGGCGAUCUGGCGGGGAUCGUGGGCGCGGACUCGGCCCCCGACUGUCUGGGUUUGGGUCCCAGCGCAGCUUCUUACGUGCUGUGUGAUUUGGCGCAAAGUGAUGGAAACGGCCCUAAGCUUCAGGGAAGGGCCUUACCUCGGCCUCGCGUGCUCUCUCUCCAUCCGUGUCCCGCCUGCGGCUCUGACCCAGUUCCUGGACCUCUCGUCGCAGGUGACUUUGUGUCCUCCCUCGCUCUGCAGCCGUUUCACAGCAGGUCCAGACGUCAGCGUAGCUGGUGUGGCUCCUCUCUCAGGAUUAGAGCCACCAACCACCUUACGUUGCCCGUCAUUUAACUUCCACACUCAGGGUGGCCUCUCCCUCCUGGGCUUCCUCCUCCCUGCGGAGGGGCCCUAGGGGGGUAGGUCUCUGAAGAGGCCCACAGAUCCCGCGUUGCUGUGGCUGUGGAGUAGGCCGGCAAUUGCAGCUCCAAUUCGACCCCUAGCCUGGGAAC